AUGACCGAGCGGAAGUUCACCCGGGGGCUUAACAAGCCCGGCAUGGCGGCGCAGCUGAGGGAAAACAUCUCACAAGUUGUACGUGAAUCCACUUCACUUACGAAACCGAUUAUAGUCGAGCCGAUCGACUUCGAGGCGUUUGUGCUGAAAAACAGGACACUCAUACAGAACGAUCCCCAGCGCGAGCUGCUGCUCUACCCAAACGAUGAUGUAUCGGAGAUCCUCCAGCCAAAGAAGUAUCGCACCGUGCACAACAACAUUCCUGGCCAUGCGCCACCGGCGGUGUCCACCAACGGGUCGAGCAACAAGCAGCGUGGCAGCGAAAGCGGUUCCGCGUCGAGCAGUAAAAACGGAACACCAACCUUCAAUCGGUCCCUGUCGACGGCCAGUUCCGGCGUCCCGGGCGGUGGCGGUUUGCUGCUCACCCGCCAGGCGCUGCACACGUACGACUCACCGAUCCACCUCAUCCAAUACAAGUACAGCAAGUACGGUGGGACGUGCUACGAGCUGCCACGAAUAUCACCUUCGGAGGAGCUCAAAGAGGAGGUGUACGAGGUGGACACGGAUCCGGACCGACUGGAUGAGCAGAUGACCCGCUCGCAGGCGGACACGAUCGCUAAACAGGGCUACCUGUUCAAGGGUCCGGACACCAACUCGGACCGAAUGUUCGCCCACAUCGGCUCGAAAUCGUUCAAAAAGCGGUACUGCUAUCUGCGCCAGGAGAUCGAUGGCACGUACAUCCUCGAGCUGCACAAGGACGAGAAACAGGCGGAAGCGAAGGCGACCAUCGUGAUGGACUUUUGCACCGAGGUCGUACCGAAUCCGAAGAAAGGUCGCUUCUGUUUCGAGCUACGCAUGAAGAUGAACGAAGGACAGCACGGAAAAUCCGUCACAUUGGCGGCCGAUGACGAGAUGGAGAUGGAGGAUUGGUUGCGGAAGAUCUCGUCCGUGCUGCAACAGAACAAGCUGCAGGAGGACAAGCGGGUUGCGUCGCUGGAGCGUGCGGCCGCACCGCUCAUGCCGGCCAGCCCGAGUACGAUGCAGUACGGCACACUGAAAGGACUGGAGCAAAGUAUGAACCCGCAGCUGAACCGGUACGCCCGGGAGACGGAUCAAUCGAUCGCGCUGGCGCGGCGAGACAACCGAAAGCGGUUAUUCGGUGGCCAACAGCUACUCUACCUCCAGCAGGGUAAUGGAGGUGGCACAGUGGGACAAAGGGGAGCCAUCUCCACGCCCGGUGGCCCGGCAAACGGUCCGGGGUUGAGCAAAUCGGAGGCAUUUAUCGAACCGUACCGGCUGCAGUUUGGGCAGCGCAUCCUGAUAAAGUGCGAUUCGUUGCGGUUCCGGCUGCUUGGACCGAUCGAUGGCGUGGAUGGACCUUCUCCACCGGAAUCCGAUGCACCACUCUGUCAGAUCGAACCAUACCUCACCAGUGUAGCAUUGUACGAUGCUAGGGCAGGCCGGAAGUUGAGCGAAAAUUUUCACUUCGACCUCAACAAAGACCACGUGCGCGAGCUGUUAACUGGAAGUUGCAAAAGCGAACGACCGCUCUGUGCAUCACCAAAGGCGGUCAACAAAGCCCAUCAAAACGGAAAUGGCACUCUUAAACCAGGCCGGGCGAAGUGUGACACCAGUGACGACCUGCAGCUACAUUCCGACGCGGUCACCAAAGAGUGGCUGGCGCGUGCCAAACAGGCCAUCUUUAACGUUACCGUUCCGCACGCGGACAUAUUCAUCGUCGUACGUAUCGACAAGAUUCUGCAGGGUGCCAUCAAUCCUUCGGUCGAGCCAUACCUGAAGACUACCAAAGAUCCGAAGGUACUGUGCAAGUUGCAAAAAUCGUUCAAGCAGUACGCACAAAAGUGCGGCCACUACCGGAUGCCGUUUGCAUGGGCCGCCAGACCGCUGUUUCAGCUGUACAGCAAUGAUUUGGAUACGUCGUACGAGUUCCCCGCCAUCUACCGUCAAGAGGGUGCGAAGCUGAAGGAUGAAGAACUGUUGAAGCUGCUGUCGGAGUACCGAAAACCGGACAAGUUCAGCAAACUAACUGUGAUACCCGGUUCAUUGAAGAUUUACAUUGAAGCGCUGAACGAACUGCCCAAUAAUUGCCUUACAAAUAGUUUGGUACCCUUGAACCCAUUCCCAGUACCAGCCGCGUCCGAUCCAACGCUGGAAGUGACGGAAUUCGCCAACAACUCCGAACAGUACCUUCACCCGUUCGUCCACUUCGUUAACCACCUGUUUCUCUAUCCGCUGCAGCUGAAUUACGAUAGCCAAAAAAUAUUCUCCCGUGCCCGGAAUUUGGCCGUGAUCGUUGAACUUCGCGACAGUGACACGGCCGACGCAAAGUCCAUCGAAUGCAUUUACGGUCGCCCCGGUCAGGAGAUAUUGGUUUCGCAAAUGUCCUGCCCGGUGCUGCACCACAACACCAGUCCUACCUGGUACGAGGAGAUCAAAUUGCGCCUUCCGAUCAACAUUACACCGCAGCAUCAUCUGCUGUUUUCCUUUUUCCACGUGUCGUGCAAUAUUGCGAAGAAAAAGGACCUCACGACCACAAGCACCGAAAUGCUCGUAGGGUUCGCGUGGUUACCACUGCUUGCCAAGGGCAAGAUCAACGUGGACGAACAGUGUCUGCCGGUGGCGGCUACACUUCCAGUUGGAUAUCUCUCGAUCCAGCCACUUGGUCUAGGAAGAGGGCAGAAUGCCGGUCCGGAUGUGCAGUGGAUCGACAACCAGCGGCCAAUCUUUACCGUCAGUCUACGACUGGACUCGACCGUACUAACCACCGAUCAGCAUCUGCACAACUUGUUCCUGCACGCCGAACGGCUACUGGAGCACUCAAAAACGAUCGCUCCGCCAAACACGACGGAAACGUGCAAGAUCCUUAAGGCAGCCCAUGCCAUCCAGAUCGGUUCGCUCAUCACCUUCCUGCCGACGAUCUUGAACCAGCUUUUCUCGCUGCUUGUCGCCACGAACAACGAGGAAGUGGGGCUAAACAUCAUCCGCCUACUGGUGAACCUGUUCCACAUGGUCGCAGAAGAAGCGAAGCGAAAGGAACUGCUAAUGGCGUACGUUAAAUUUGUGUACCGAAUCGACAGCCAACCCGUGAACGGAUGUUCACCAACGUCGCAGAACGUGAGCACGGUCCACGGGGAGCUGUGUCGCCAUCUGCCAACGCUGCUCCACCCGAACAACACCGACUUCCUGCUGGUGAACAAGUUCAUGAAGUUUUCCGGCAUCUUUUUCGAGGUGAUCGUGAAGAGCAUGGCGCAGUAUUUGCUCUCAACCGGGCGCAUCAAGAUGCAACGGAACGAGCGGUUUCCGAAGGAGUUUUGCAACCGCAUCGAGGCACUGUUUCAGGUGCUAGUCCCGUACAUAAGCUCACGCCAUAAGGACCUCCCGAUGGAGACGGAACAGCUGAACCAGAGCCUGUCGGUGUUCGUGAAGCGAUGUCUCUCGUUCAUGGACCGUGGGUUUGUGUUUCGGUUGAUCCGGCUGUACAUGGACCGCUGGGGUCCGGGUGAUUCGCGUGUCCUGCAGGAGUACAAGUUUGGUUUCCUGCGUGAGGUGUGUUCCCAUGAACACUACGUGCCGCUGAAUCUGCCUUUCCUGUUGACACCAAACGCCAAUCGCGCUCCGGAUUUGUUGCAGCAGUUUUGUCUCUCGGAGGAGUACUGCCGGCAGCAUUUUCUCGUUGGUAUCCUUCUGCAGGAGGUCAAAAGCUCGCUGAACGAGGUAAGUCACAUCCGGCGGAUGGGUUUGGUUACGUUGAAGGAGCUGCUUGCGAAACAUGACCUCGACGAGCGCUACCAGAACAAAGGCCAACAGAACCGUCUGGCGAUGCUAUACGUACCGUGGUUGGGAAUUGUGCUGGAGAAUCUGUCCCGCAUUUCGGAUGGAGUGGAUCGAAAAGGAAAACACGACACCCUCGGAACGAAUCGCAUCUCGUGCAGCAGCAGUUACGUGUUUGGGCGAGAUUCCUUGCCAACGCUGCCAUCGGCGACGAUUCCUUCGACGGUUACCUCACAGACAAGCACGCCAAAGUCCCGCUCGAACCGGGUGACGAUGUUCAUCGAGUACACAAGUCCCAUCCGAUCGUCACUGCAUCUGAAGGACACGAGCUUCCUGGCGGCGAUCGCCGGCCAAGCAGCACCACUUUCUAAUGGCCAUUCAAGCAGCUCGAUCAACUCGGAGUGUUCCACGCUGUCCCAGGACGGUACGGUGGUGAUUAGAAACCAUUUCAACGAAUCCUGUGCCAACUCGUCCCGACCGAGCCAUGCGCGCUCGGUAAGCGUCACCCAGCCCACCAUCAUCCAGCGGACGGACAAGUUUUCCGUCACGGAAACCAAAGACCUGCUGAUCAGCUUCCUGUUCGUGGUGAAGCACCUGUCGUCGGAGCACAUGAUCGCGUGGUGGCACAACUGCACCGAGAGUGAAACGGUCCAGUUUUUCACCGUGCUCGAUCUGUGUCUGCUGUACUUCCGGUACGUGGGCAAGAAGCACGUUCAAGUACCGAGCGAGAAUGGGCGUGAUGCGAAGACCAGCAAAGCCGCCAAAGCAAGCACGUUACCAGCGCGAGUACUCCCACCGAGCGUUACCAACGGAAGCGAAUCUGGGUUCGAAUCCGGAACGCUUAAUCACACCGGCAAUCGGGAGAACCUGGUCGAAGAAACGCUACGCCUGAGGCAAGCGUUGUAUGAGUCAAACUUAGCAACUGAAAUCGGGCUGAUCGUGCUCGAUUGCAUGGGACUCUACUCGGUGCAGUUUCGUGAUUCGAUGUUGGAAGGCACGGUCCUGCCCAAAAUAGCCCGUGUGUACUUGCGUUUCCUGCAACUCGGCCAGUCGGAGUCGCUUUCGAAGCACGUGUUUGCGGCGUUGCGUGCGUUCAUCAACAACUUCUCUCAGGCGCUGUUCAAGGGAACGGCCGUCUUGUGCGGACAGCUGGUGUACGAGCUGCUCAAGUGCUGUGAUAGUCGAUUGUCUAGCCUGCGACAGGAAGCGUGUGCCGUGCUGUACCUGCUGAUGCGCAGUAACUUUGAGUUUAGCGGCCGAAAAGGACUCACGCGCGUACACCUGCAGGUGAUCAUAUCCGUGUCGCAGAUGAUCGGCAACGUGAUCGGAUUGAACAACGCACGCUUCCAGGAGUCACUUUCGACGAUCAACAACUACGCGAGCAGCGACAAGGCGAUGAAGGGAACUGGCUUCCCGAUGGAGGUGAAGGACUUGACGCGUCGCGUUCGUACCGUGCUCAUGGCGACGGCACAAAUGCAAGCGCACCACAUGGAUCCGGAACGGUUGCUAGAGCUGCAACACUCACUGGCCAACUCGUACGCAUCGACACCGGAACUCCGGCAGACUUGGCUGACGACGAUGGCCAACAAUCACCUGCAGAAUGGGAACAUCUCGGAAGCGGCCUGCUGCUAUCUGCACAUUGCCGCCCUGGUUUCGGAGUACCUCAAGCUGAAGGGUUGCUGUGCGGUAGCGACGGGAGCGGAAUCGUUCGCACGCAUCUCGCGUAACAUUCCGCGGGAUGAAAAAGGACUAAAGCUAGACAGUGGCACGCAGGACUCGCAGUACACGGAGCAGUUCUUGCUCGAGCGGUUGAAAGAAUGCUCGGAGUAUUUGGACCGUGCGGAGCGGCUCGAGUGUUUGGGUGAGCUGUAUCGGUUGAUUAUUCCGAUUCUCGAGUCCCGGCGGGAUUAUCACGGGCUGACGCAGUGCUACGAACACCUGACGCAGGCAUACAAUCGUGUGAUUGAGUUCAACAAGUCCGGCAAGCGGCUUCUGGGGCGAUUCUAUCGAGUGAUUUUCUUCAGUCAGAUGUACUUUGAGGAAGAAAAUGGCGUGGAGUACAUUUACAAAGAGCCGAAAGUGACGUCGUUGAGUGAGAUUUCCGAGCGAUUGCACAAGCAGUACCGGGACAAGUUUGGGGCGGAUAAUGUGAAAAUUAUGAUGGACUCCGCACCGGUUGAUCAAUCGACUCUGGAUCCAAAGAUUGCCUACAUUCAAGUAACGCACGUGACUCCCUACUAUUGCAAGGACGAGCUGGAAAUGCGGCCAACGGAGUUUGAGCAGAACCACGACGUGGACACGUUCAUGUACGAGACACCGUUUACUACCUCCGGAGGCGCCCACGGAGCAGUGGAGGACCAGUGGAAACGACGAACCAUUUUGACAACUCUCCACAGCUUCCCGUACGUUUUGAAACGUAUCCCAGUUCGCGACCGGCAAUCGCACGAGCUCAGCCCGAUCGAGGUGGCAAUAGAUGAGAUGCAGACAAAGAUCGCCGAGCUGGAGGAGAUCGUUAUGGGUCCGAUCGAUUUGAAGAAGCUGCAACUACGGCUGCAGGGCAGUGUUGCAGUCACGGUGAACGCAGGUCCGUUGGCGUACGCGUCCGCUUUUCUGGAUCCGGCCAAAACAAGCGCCAGGAAGUAUCCGCUCGAUAAGGUGGAGGAGCUGAAGGAGGUCUUUAGGGAUUUCAUCAAAAUCUGCUUCACGGUACUCCAAAUCAAUGCCAAUCUGAUUUCGUCCGAUCAGCGCGAGUACCACAACGCUCUCAAGGAGAACUACGAAAACCUCUGCUCGGCUCUGACCGAUCUGCUGGGUGAGAUCGUAUACCCGUUGGACGAUGGAAACAACAAUGCCCAUCGGCACAGUUUGGCGCUGUUCAGUGCCAUUAGUGGUGCCCCAACCAAUUCUAGCACGGCCUAA